GCUGGGACGGGGCCAUGAGGGCAGGGGGUGGGUCCGCCCCGCCGCCCUCCGCUAAUUGUAAUUAAGGCGACCUGCAAGCGGGCGGCCGGGCCUGCGGGCGAAGGCUGAGCCUUCCCCGGUGCAGCCUCAGUACCCUAUCGCUGGCAGAACCCGCUGGGUGUCAGCCUGCGUGCUUAAAAGCAGGAGCUGCUCCCGAGUCUGAGUGCAGCACGGAGAUGGAGCUCCGUGCUCGCAGCUUCUUUGCUGCUCCGUGGGUAAUGCGCUCAUUUUGUAUAACUGCCUUGUGAGCAAGAUGGUUGGACGCUGCUUUUCGUUUUAUCUAAAACUUUGAAGAGAAUGGCCCAAGCUACAAUAGCAGCAACGUCCACGUGUGAUGAAGACUCGUCUGAAAGCAGGAUGGUGGUCACGUUCCUCAUGUCAGCGCUGGAGUCCAUGUGCAAAGAACUUGCCAAGUCCAAGGCAGAAGUUGCCUGCAUCGCUGUCUAUGAAACAGAUGUCUUUGUAGUUGGAACUGAGAGGGGAAGAGCCUUUGUCAAUUCUAGGAAAGAUUUUCAGAAGGAUUUUGUUAAAUACUGUGUUGCAGAAGAGGAGAGGGCUGCAGGGCUGCAAGAUACAAAGUGUGUGCUCCCUGCCAACAGACUGACGGUGGACGUCGUGGAACUGGAAGCUCUCAGAAAGUCUGUGGAGGACUACUUCUGCUUUUGCUAUGGUAAAGCUUUAGGAAAGUCAACAGUGGUCCCGGUACCAUAUGAGAAGAUUCAGAGAGACCAGUCUGCUGUGGUGGUGAAGGGCCUGCCCGAGGGGCUGGAAUUCAAGCAUCCAGCAAAUUAUGAUAUUUCAACCCUGAAGUGGAUUUUGGAAAACAAGUCGGGGAUCUCGUUUAUCAUCAAAAGGCCUUUCCUAGAGCCCAAGAAGCACCUAGGAGCUCAUGGGACAGAUCCUUCACAUUCAGUUAUGCCUCCAGGUGCAAGUUGUCCUCCCAUUCAAGUGAAAACGGAACCAAGUGAGGAUUCUGGAGUUUCUUUGGAAAUGUCAACAGUGACAGUGAAGGAAGAAUCAGAAGAUCCUGACUACUACCAAUAUACCAUACCAGCAGGCCCUUCCGAAACAUCAGAGGUGGACGAGAAAAUUGCUCUUGCCAAAAGUUACUCAGACUGCCCCGACACGAGCAUUUCUCAUUUUCACUGUUGGCCUUUGGAGCCUGUCAUGGAAAACCAUUGUAGUGCAACAGCACUGGACUCCUCCCAGCAUACUCCUUCAGAAACAAGUGAGGAUCCUGAGGUCGAGGUCACCCUUGAAGAUGAUGAAGAAUACUUGCCCCCUAACAAGAAAUCGAAGAAUGCUGAGACAGCAAAUGAAGCUGGCAAUACUGGGAGAAGAAAAAUGAGAGAGUUCAAUUUUGAUAAAUGGAAUGCACGAAUUACAGGCUUGAGAAAGCAAGUUGAAGAACUGUUUGAGAAAAAAUAUGCUCAGGCUAUAAAGGCGAAAGGCCCCGUGUCCGUCCCAUACACCCUCUUCCAGUCACACAUGGAAGACCUCUACGUGGAAGGGCUGCCGGAGGGCAUUCCCUUCAGAAGGCCGUCCACGUACGGCAUUCCUCGUCUGGAGAGGAUUCUCGUAGCAAAGGAGAGGAUCCGGUUUGUGAUUAAAAAGCACGAGCUUUUGAAUUCAACACAAGAAGCUGCACCAUUGGACAAGCCAGCUGCAGGAGUGAAAGAGGAGUGGUAUGCCAGAAUCAACAAACUGAGAAGGACGGUAGAUCAGCUCUUCUGUAAGAAGUUUGCUGAGGCCUUGGGGAGCACUGAGCCUAAAGCUGUUCCAUACCAGAAAUUUGAGGUUCAUUCUGCUGACCUCUACGUUGAAGGUCUACCAGAGAACGUUCCCUUUAGGAGUCCAUCCUGGUAUGGGAUCCCUCGCCUUGAAAAAAUAAUUGAAGUGGGCAACAGAAUAAAAUUUGUAAUCAAAAGGCCAGAGCUGCUCACUGUCAGUUCACCUGAAGUUACUCAACCUGGGACAAACACACCAGGCAAGACAGUCAAGGAAGAUUGGAAUGUCAGGAUCACAAAGCUAAGAAAACAAGUAGAAGAGAUAUUUAAUAUGAAAUUUGCUAUAGCUCUGGGGCUGUCAGAGGCAGUGAAAGUUCCCUAUCCUGUAUUUGAAUCAAACCCUGAGUACUUGUACGUCGAAGGCUUGCCAGAAGGAAUUCCCUUCCGGAGUCCCACGUGGUUUGGGAUUCCACGCCUUGAAAGAAUUGUCCGCGGGAGUGGCAAAAUCAAAUUUGUUGUUAAGAAGCCUGAGCUUGUCACCUCCUAUUUGCCACCAAGACUGGCUAGUCAAGUAAACACUAAAGGAACAAGUCCAAAGAGCUCAAAAAAGUCACAAAGUCCUGCAAGCAAUUUACAGGUCCCAGAAAUAGAAGUUACUGUUGAAGAAGGUCCUAAUAAAGCACAAACAGCAGAUGUUCAAACUAAUUCUCAAACCAAUGGGUCCAAUAUGGGUUUAAAGCCAAGAGGAAGAGAAUUUUCUUUUGAGGCAUGGAAUGCCAAAAUUACUGACCUAAAGCAGAAAGUUGAAAAUCUUUUUAAUGAAAAAUGCGGGGAAGCUCUGGGGCUGAGUGAGCCGGUGAAGGUGCCGUUUGCGUUGUUCGAGUCCUUCCCGGAGGUUUUCUAUGUGGAAGGCCUACCAGAUGGAGUGCCAUUCCGACGGCCUUCUACUUUUGGAAUUCCAAGGCUGGAGAAGAUUCUGAGAAACAAAUCGAAGAUAAAAUUCGUUAUUAAAAAGCCUGAGAUGUUUGAGGCGGCAGUUAAGGAGAGUUCUGCUAAAAGUCCCCAGAGAAAAAAUAAUCCAUCCAACACAGCCAAUACAGCGAGCACCACAGCGAACACAGCGGUGAACACGGCAGCGGGAGUUGAAGAUCUUAACAUCAUUCAAGUAACUUUGCUAGAUGAUGAAAGUGAGCGACUUUCAAAAGUAGAGAAGGCCAGACAACUGAGAGAGCAAGUGAACGAUCUCUUUAGCCAGAAAUUUGGUGAAGCCAUUGGUAUGAAUUUUCCUGUGAAAGUCCCGUACAGGAAAAUCACAAUCAACCCUGGCUGCGUGGUGGUGGAUGGGUUGCCUCCUGGCGUGACAUUUAAAGCACCCAGUUAUCUGGAGAUCAGCUCCAUGAGGAAGAUUUUGGAAUCAUCGAAGUUCAUCAAAUUUACUGUCAUCCGACCGUUUCCAGGACUUGUGAUUAACAACCAGCUGAUGGAAAAAGCUGAAGCAGAAGCACCAGCAGCAGCAGCAGCAGCAGCAGCACCCGCACUGCCAGAGCCAGCUGAGCCAAGCCAAAUAGAGGUAUCUUUAGGAGAUGUUACAGAAACAGAAGAAAGUUCUCAAAUAAAGCAAGAACCAGACCUGACGUGGUAGAGCUCAUCCGUACUGCGGUAAAAGAAUUUUGUGGUUCUUGACGUUAGCACGUGGCAAGGAGUAAACGCUUGUGAAAGAAUAAUGCUUUUAUGAUUUAGGGUGGGGAGGAGAGGGCUGAGGUUGAAUGCCAGAAGGUGCCAGUCCUUUACUUGACUUCUGGAUUAUUUUGUCUUGUAGAAUGUUUUCACUACCUUAUCAGAACACAAUGUGAAGCAUACUGUGUGCAGUCUGUGAGGCAGUCGUUCCAAGGGAAAUCUGGGCUGUAGCAUAGCCUACCAAUAAAAAUAGGUGAUGGUAAUUGCGUACCUCAGGGGCAGAGUAAAUGAAAGCUGGGGAAAUUGGUUUGCAAAGAGCUCUGACAUAGCUGGUGAAAGAGCAUUUUUAUUCUUGGUAAGGCUUGUGCUGUUUCCAAAUUGUACUUGGGCACGAGAGCUCUUCACUAAGAUUGAAAUAUUGCCUAAGCCUGAGACACUGGCCAAAAAGUUAGCUACAUUUGGAUGACAAACUGACUUCCUUUAGAACCUCUGUGUUCAUCACAGAGAAGAAGAUUCUGUAUGCUAUUCCAGCCUGAGGGCACAGACUGGUGAUCGGCAAAACCGAGCUCUGGCUGCUCACCAUUACUUUCUGCUGGCCUAAGCAGAUGAGCCAGACAUGCAGCUUGCCGGCUCCCACAAAGCAGUGGCUGGAGGAGCCUGUGGGUUUCACUCUUGGCAGCAUCUGGCUUUUUGGAGACAAGGACAGGCAGAGCCAUGGCCCUCUGUCAUUGCAGCAUGAACGCUGAUGGAGGAAAUGAUGCGCCCUAAGCGAUGUCUUGCAUCUGUUGUUGGUAGUUCUAGCACUCAGAUUGAGGUCAUGUGUAUAUGAGCAUCCCAGUUGGCGGGUUUCAGCUUGGAGAAACCAGGUUUGUUCUCUCGCUGAUGCUCUUCCACUUUCCUUGGGAUUUGAAAGAAGCUUUCUGGGCACGCAGAUACAGAUCAGCUCUGUGAAGCACUCCCAGCACAUCUCAAGGCCCUGACAAAGGAUAAAAGUCACAGAGAGAAGUGGCAGAAUCCACAUCCUCGGUGGAUGUUAAGAUUUGUCAACACCAGGGCUAAGCCAAACCAUUGUGAGCUGCAGUCCUUUGGGAACAAGGCCAGGCUGUAUGACGUGCAGAGCCUCAUGCAGACAGUAUUUCUGUGAUUCUGUAAGAUCUGCUCCAUCCCUGUGUGGCAGUGCCAUGGUUCAGCCCUGGCUCCAGAGCUGCAGUGGUCCUUGUGUUCUUUGUAGAGGAGCUUGAGAGUCCUUUCCUAAACAAAAGCAAUGCUUUUGGCUGGAGCAAACAUGCUUUUCUGUGAGGGGAAGAUAACCCAGCUUGGAAAAUUUGAGGGAAGAAUCCCUUGAGUGGAGGAUGUCUCAGGAGCACAGAAGUGAUGAACAAAAGCAUCUAACACUGACCUGCUCAAUAAACAGUUUCAUACAAGCAAGUAACAAAUGUAGCUUCUCUUGUUAUACUGUAUAUAUCUAUAAUAAAUUAUUGACUGGCUAAAGGAUGUGUGCUAAAGCAAAUAUUCCAUCUAAAUUGGUACAGGAAGCACUCAAGCUCACAUGUGAUCCCACUGAUGAAGAGCAGCGUUCACCUUCUACAUGGUCUUGAAUUCUAGGCCUGAAGAACUCAAAGCAAUGCAGCCCGCUGGUAUCAGCAGUAAGACAUAGAUCUGCAAUGAAACUAACCCUCUUUUGUAUUAUUUUUGUCUUGCCAGAAGCACCCAGGGCUGAGAAGAGCUCGCCGGGAUGGUCCCGAGCUGUGUAAUAUAGGUGUAUAAGAGAAGUACCUUCUAUAUGGACCCUUUUGUACUUUUAGAUAGAAAUGUCUACUUUUUCAGCAGUUCUGUGAAUUGACUUAACGCCAAGAAUGACUGCAGAUUUGGGAUGGCUGGUUUUACUCUGGAAUGUAUGAUAAGGACUAAAUCUGUCGCAGCAAUACUGGGGAGAUGACAAGGAUUAAAAUGAACGGGGACUGAACAGAGGCCGUCUCCAUUUCCCAAUCCAGCUGAAUUCCACUGUGCCUGAAUGUGUCUCAGCUUUUGUAAUGAAGAAGAAUUCCUGCGAGUAGUUCAGUUUGUUAUUUUACUCUGAAGAAAACAAAUCACUCAUUAUUGGUUCUUGCUCCUUCAGUGGCUGGCUGGUCAGUGGUAUGUGUAUAUUUGAACUAAUUUUUCCUGCGUCUGCCACAACUCUUUGUUUUUCAUAAAUAAAAGGUGAACUGGUUCACUUGACCAUUAGUAUGCAUUAAUGAGAUGGACAGUAUAUCAGUUUGUGGACUAGGAACCAAUUCAAAUUUAACCCUUUUCUAGUUUGCUCCGUUCACUGAAAGUAAUAAGUGCAUGUUUUGUCAGAGCAUCACGUGGGUUUUGUACAAGGGGUCUGGCCUGGCUGUCCUAACUUAGGCAAAACUCAAUGGACCUGAGUGAGAGCUGUUCUCCUGGAGGCUGUGGGUGAUGCCCUGCUGUUCAUCCAGAACUAGCUACGGAAUCCUACACCAUGAGCUGCUCUAAGACCUCAUGUGUCGAAACUUAAACCCCCCGUAGCCCUGUUUAUGCCCCACAUCAUGUGAGAGUCUCAUGUAUUCAUUUAUUGACGUUUCACAACCCGUGAAGAGUUGUAAAAUUCCGGCUCUAUGGUAAUCUCUAUGGAGAAGAUUGAGACUAUUGUAAAGGUUUCUCUUUCCUUGGCAUGAGUUUGGGAUGACUGCGUUAUGCACAAAUGCUAAACCUGGUGCCCUCGUUAAGAAAUAAAGAUAUUUCUGAUGGUU